AUGCCCGACAAUAUCAACAAUAUCAGACCCAGAUGGUCAGACGACUACCGAUCCUCCUCCAUCCUCCGCGCCGAGCCCUUCGACCGCGCCAUCGCUCGGUUUUGGGCCGUCUACAUCGACGACAAGGUCGGAGAAGGAGGCGGCCGGGCAAUUCCAGAAGGUGCUGGGGUUGCUGGAAGAGCCCUUCGCGGAGUGCGGCAAAGGGAAGGGCUUUUUCGGCGGGGACGCCGUCGGCUACCUAGACAUCGCGCUGGGGAGCUGGCUGGGGUGGAUCAGGGCGCUGGAGAAGGACAAAAGCAUCAAGAUUUUGGAUGCGGAGGAGCUUCCUCGGUUGGCGGAAUGGGCGAAGCGGUUCCUGGCGGAGGAGUCAGUGAAGGGGCUGGUGCCGGAGGCCGACGAGUAUCUGAAGUUAUACGCAGCCGCUGUGGCGAGUCAGUGAAGGGGCUUUGUAUUAAUUCUGUGCGAUCAUAAAUAAUUAAAUAAAGUUUUGAGUCAAGA